CUGUCGAAUAUCGUUCAGCUUUCCCAGCUCAUCAAAACAAUCGCUGGUUACGAGAAAACAUCGCCGGAACUUUCAGCCACAUUUCUCGUCUUAUCGGCUGCAAAUAUUCCUCAAGCAACUCAACGGAUUCGACUCGCGCUGUCCAAUAUCAGUGGCAUCACCAAGAACAUCUUCACCCGUCAUCCCAAUGGAAAAUUGUCCUGCACCGUAGGCAUCGGCUACGACAUUUGGACACAGAUCAUUCAGCAACCCCGACCCGCUGAGCUGCGGCCUUUCACUGAGGUUCAGGGACCAAAGUACACCGCUGUCUCUACCCCUGGAGACCUGCUAUUUCAUAUUCGAUCAGAGAGAAGAGAUCUCUCCUUCGAGUUCGAGAGACAACUGAUGGACAUACUAAGCGACGCUGUCACGGUGGAGGAUGAGACGGUCGGGUUCCGUUAUUUUGAUGCUCGUGACGUGCUCGGCUUCGUCGACGGCACCGCCAACCCAGUUGGCCCAGACGUGUCUGACACCGUUCUGGUCACUGAACUAGAAGACACCACGCCGACUGCAUUGGGAGGAAGCUACGUGGUUGUCCAGAAGUAUCUUCACGACCUAGAAUCAUGGAGACGUCUCUCGACCGAGGAGCAAGAAACCAUUAUCGGGCGGACGAAGCUAGAUAACAAUGAGCUUGGCGAUGCCGCACCCGACCAGCAGAAGUCUCACAAGAGUCUGACGACUAUUGAAGAUGAGGACGGGAACGAACACGAAAUCCUGAGAGACAACAUGCCUUUUGGCUCACCAGCUUCUGGUGAGUUUGGGACAUACUUCAUUGGCUACUCGAAGAAGCUCUGGGUGAUUGAGAAGAUGAUGGAACGCAUGUUUGUAGGGAACCCACCGGGCUUACACGACCGGAUCAUCUCUGCGGCUCUUCUGGCUAGUGUCGCCGCCGGCCAGACCCUCAACAUCCCAACCCGCAGCGGUGCCAUAAUCUCUUUGCCGGCACCCAGCGUUAUUUCUGGGGUUAAGGACAUGGGCAACAAGGAGUACGACCGAGGACGCUCCUGCUUCACUGAUGUUGAGACGCCAGGUGGACACCCAGUCUUCAUCCUGGAGGAUGGCGCGACUCUCAGCAACGCCAUCAUCGGCGCAGGUCAAGUCGAGGGCAUUCACUGCAGAGGCGCUUGCACCUUGAAGAAUGUCUGGUUCCGCCGUGUUUGCGACGGCGCCAUCACGCUCAAGGGCAACGGCAACGUCUUGAUCGAGGGCGGAGGUGCUCAGACUGCUGUUGAUAACGUGGUCAGUCACCAGGGUCAGGGAACUGUCACCAUCAAGGACUACACCGUCGUUGACUCAAAUCGUCUUUACCGAUCUUGCGGAAACUGCGCCAACAACGGGGGCCCUCGCAACGUGGUUGUCCAGAACCUCAAGGCUAACGACCUCACACUCAUUGCAGGCAUCAACUCCAACUUUGGCGACGUUUCCACCGUCUCCAACUCAUGCGGCACAUCUGUUGUCAAGGUCUGCCAGGAGUUCAAGGGCGUUCAGAAGGGACAGGAAAGCCCCAAAGUUGCCACCACGGCCAACUGCAAGGGGCAAGUUUCUCUGGCGGCUUGUUAA